UGCCCUCGGCCGUUGCUGCCCGCUCUGACGCAAGCCAAAGGGGGGUCGGCCAGGAGCACAUUAACUGCGUGAUCUCUUAAAACACACACACAUAUCCAAGAGCAGCACUCAUUUGCAGAACAUGCACCCUCAGGCUUGGCAUUUCAGCCAUUUGAACAGCAAAAGUGAGGCAGAGCCACAGGAAGAGUUACAGACGGAUUUAAAGACUGAACGAGAUACAGCCACCCUCGCCAGGUGGGGACUCAAGGAAUGGUGACACCUUUGAGUAUUCAGACAGCUCGGAGAAGCGUCAGAGGCAGCAGAUUGGUCUGGGCGCUGAUUGGCCAACGGACUAUAAGACCCGGAUUUUGUGGACGCGGAUUGGACGGCAGUCACAGCGGUCAAAAUGACGAAGUUCAGAGGUCACCUGCAGAGUUUAAGGGUUCUGGCCAGAGGGGAUACAGCUACGGCCUUAAUCCCAUAUAAAAUGUUGGGUUUAGGGUUAGGUUUCGGGGUAUGAUUAAAAUGAAAACAGCGCUCUUCCGGCGAGAUUUCACGAGAUUUUGGCCGUAGCUGUACCCCUUCUAGCCACAACCAUUUUUAGAGGCUUCAUUUUUAUUUGUAAACUUGUUCAUCGUUCUUACUAUCUAGCAUAUCAAACAGAAUGUCUUAAGAUUUAAAAAGGCAUUGUCUGGCCAAUAAUACUGGCCAAUAAUACUGCCAAUAAAAAUCACGAAAAAUGACUAGAUCAAUAAAAUUAGAAAUAACUAAAUAUUUUGACUUUAUAUAAAAAACAGUGUUUGUAUAUUUGUGUGAAGAAAAGAGGCAUCUCUUUAUCUGCUUCCUGAAAGUUGUAGCCUAGUGGUAAGUAUAGUGUGGUUAGACUACUAAAGGUUUACUGUUGUUUGGGUCAGAAGAAACAGCAAAUGCUAUUAGUAAGAAGAAAGACAAAUAAAAAAUAUAUGCCUACAGAGUUCCUGUGAAAAAGUUAAUUUUUACUGAAAUCGUGUGCAUAUAAAAAAUAAUUAGUAUAAUUUUUGCAAUUUAGGAUGCACUGGGUUUAUUAUUCUAAAAAAAAAAAGUCUUAUAAUUAACACAAACAAGCCUGAGACAAUAUAAAUUAGGUUCUUAUCAACAAGACAUUCUGCAAUCCCAUCCCGAGAUGUUGACCAUAUCCACUCCUCCCUCUGACCUGGACUGACUGUGCAUAAACAGUCAAAUAUUUCACCGUGCUGUAGGGUGGGAUAGCAGUUAAAGGGAUAGUUCACCCAAAAAUUUUAAUUCUGCCAUUAUUUUUUCAACCUUGUGUUGUUCUAAACCUGUAUGAAUUUAUUUUUUGACAAACACACAAAUAUCUUCCUUUACAAAAGAAGAUAUUUUGAUAAAUGAUGGUAAGCACACAGCUGAUUGUAACCAUUGACUUCCAUAGGAAAAACAAAUACUAUGGACUUCAAAGGGUACUGUCAACUGUGUGCUUAUCAUUAUUUAUCAAAGUAUCUUCUUUAUCAUUUAUCACAAUACUUCCAUAAUAUUUAUUUUCCUACUAUGGAAGUCAAUGGUUACCAUCAGAUAUCUGCUUACCAUAAUUUAUCAAAAUAUCUUUUUUGUUCAUCAAAAUAAACUCAUACAGGUUUAAAGGGGAUAUUUCACAAGACUUUUUUAAGAUGUCAAAUAAAUCAUUUGUGUCCCCAGAGUACAUUCGUGAGGUUUUAGCUAAAAAUAUAGAUAAUUUAUUUUAACAUGUUAAAAUUGCCACUUUUAAGAUGUGAGUAAAAAUGUGCCGUUUUUGGUGUGUCCUUUAAAAUGCAAAUAGGUUGAUCUCUGCACUAAAUGGCAGUGCUGUGUUUAGAUAGUGCAGAUUAAGGGGCAGUAUUAUCCUCUUCUGACAUCACAUGGGGAGCCAAAUUUCAAUGACCUAUUUUUUUCACAUGCUUGCAGAGAAUGAUUUACCAAAACUAAGUUACUGGGUUGAUCUUUUUCACAUUUUCUAGGUUGAUUGAAGCACUUAAACAUGAAAAAGUCACAUUUUCAUGAUAUGUUCUCUUUAAAACAACUUGAGGGUGAGUAAAUGUUGACAGAAGUUUCAUUUUUGUGUGAACUGUCCCUUUAACAGUAUCUGUAAACUUUAACCAAUUAAAACCAGAUACUCGAGGCAUUUACAUUUUUUAAAUUCUCAUAAUGCUUACGCUUUUUACCAACACAUUUGAUUUGAUUAAUUGUAUUAUUUUAAGUAUAAAACAAAUUGAUUGCAUUGUGCAUGUGUUUUAAUUGCGAAAAUUUCCAAACAAAAUUUUACACAAAUUAUACUCAUUGUUUUUAUAUUCUGACAUGUCAAGCACUUGGAACUGCAUUAUUCAAGCUCAAGUCAGUUUCAGUUGUAUUGUGCCAUACAAAACUGCUUAAAUGGGCUAAUAUUAUUAUUAUGUCACUUAAAGUGUAUUACACUUGUGGAGUGAAGUUAUUUUAUUUUUUCAGUUUAUUCAGUCUACCUUAUUGUCUGGCAGAUGAUUAUGUGUGAAUUGACUUUUACAACGUUAUCUAAUAAAGUUUAUGAUAGGUCAGUGUCUAAAUCGUCAUUCAGUGUGCUUAUUUACUUCAUUUUGUGUUUGUGUCAACAGAGGAACAGUCACCCAAUAGUUAAUAAUUUUAGAAGAGUAAAGGGAUUAACAAAACUGAGGCAUUUCAAGAAUUUUUUUUCACUUCUUAAAGAUCAAAGGUCCGUUAUCCACCACAUGAGGUCGACACAAUAACUUUUUAAACUGAAGGUAGGCUACAUAAUAUGCAAAAGAGAGAGAGGUAUGUGCUAUAAAUCUUAAUCCAAUAAAUGUAUAUAUAUAAAUAUUUUGAGAAACACUUUUAAAAGACAUCAAAACAGACAUGAACAAACUUUAAAUGAAUCCAGUGAAGUAGCCUAUGAUGAGAAUUGGCUGUAGAGAGCAGAAGUAGUGAGCGAGUCGUCGCUUGAGUGCGCAGGUGGAUGAUGAAUGUUUGCGCACAAUAGCGCGUCUGUGUCGGCCGCAGGUAUCUGCUGCCAGUGCUGUCGCUGGACUCAGGUACUGUAACACGAUACUCAACCAUGUGACCAACGACGACUGUUUAGGAAGAAGAAACCCCUUUGAACGGCUCGAGCGAUCACUCAACGCAUCAGUAAAAACCAGAAGACUGUCUUUGGAAGAAGGUCGUAACGGAUAAUGGUUUAUACUAUGCGCGUUAUGAAUAAGAGAGUACGUGUUGCGCAUUGGCUUGGGUUGAGAUAGUGACUAACACCGGUAAGGUGAGGCGGAAGCAACCUGUGACCGCAUAGUCACUGGAUCUGUUUAUGAAUUCACAUAAACUAUUCGGAUAACAUCGUGGAUUGAAGGUUGGCUAAAGCUCGCCAGAUACGACCGUUUUACUCUUUUGAUCUCGGACAUGAUUUAUUGACCCCUGACUCCACCCUACCCAGAACAUCAGGCUCCUCUGGUUGAGGGUAGGGGUACAGAGAUGAUACGGCAGGUUGGGCUAUUGGCAGCGAUUUUUCUACUGCUGCUUCCCAGGAAUGUGUUGGGCCAGGGAGAGAGUAACACAAUGUCUACUAACACUACAACUACAACUACAACUACAGCUCCCAGCUCACACCAUAUUGUGGCCAUUGUAGUGCCGACUGUGGUCCUGGGACUUCUGGCUAUUUUGACUGGUGGGCUGUUGUUUCUCUUCUUCGUGGUGAGGAAGAAACGACAGACGGAGGGGACGUAUCAACCCAGCGCUGAGGAGCAGUCAGGAGCCCGCAGUGUGGAGAUACCAAACGCCCUCAAAUUACCCAAAGAAGAGAGACUGAUAUGAAUGGGUUCUGGUUCAUGAUCACACUGAUCAUAUGAACCUAUUCAAAACGAUGAAAGAGAAAACAUUAACUAAGCACCUUUACUGAGACACAGGGUCAGGAUUUAACCCUGUGUUAUGGAUAAACCAACUAACUAUGACCACUUGGAUGAAAUCCAUAAUCAGCAGAAAGCAACGCAAUUUACAAUGCAUAUUAAUGUCCGACCGAAACAAAAACUGAACAGAUGAAGCUGCUACAUGCAUUGCGUGGAAAAGACUACACAUGCUUGAAGGAAUUGCAUUUCUCUCAAAAUGGACUUUGGAUAAUAGGAUUAAUGACUUUUGUUGACAGAUCUGCUUGUACUGUUCUCGAGCACUGACAUUUCAUUCUGGUUUCACAGGGAGUUUUUGAAAAGAUACAAAUUAGGGGUGCACCGAUAGAUGCUUGCUAUGCUUCUCAAUGAAUUACGGUGAAAUGCCGCUACAUCCAAAAGCCAGAGGGCGCUCUUGAGCAGAAACUCAAUAUGAGCUGCAGACGAAGAACCAGAGAUACACGCAGCUCCAGGAAAUGGCUUAAGGAUAUAUUUAUAUUGCUGUUCUUCAAACCUUUUCAUGUAUUUUCAUGAUAAUAAAGAGUAUGUAUAAUGAUUAUGUUUGACGAGUGUUGCUUUUUCAAAUGCAUGUCAUAAACGACUCAAACUAACAGUGAUUUCAGAUCGAUAAGGACUUGCUGACCGAAUUCGCUGUAGUAUAUGAAAUAACUGUGAAUAAUAUCGCAUGUGCGAUUCAGAAUAGUUAUCGGCCACGUAUUAUUAGUAUAUAUAUCGGCAUUUAUCUGUGCACCCCUAAUACAAAUGUCUUAAUUUGUCUUAACAAAUUGGGCAAACACACCCAAAUGUGUAUAACAAUAUAUACAAACGUUAUAUUAGUCAAUGCAUUUUCUGGGAAUUGAACCUGUUACGCCAUGCUCAACCAGUAGAUCUGGUUUGUUUGUCAAAACCACUAUGAUAUUAAUUACUAGCAUUUCGGAUAAUUUAUCAUAUAAGCAAUUAAUCUGGUACUAAUUGUCCAUAAAUGUGAUCAAUGCAACAGAGAUUUAUACAUUUGAGAAAUUGUAUUGGGUUGCACAAGGAGACAGUGUUGCUUAAUGCUGUGUCUCACAAUAUUAUUUGCCAAGAGCAAUGCAAGGCUUUAUGUGAGGACCUAGCCUGUUCAAUGAUUUCUGUAAUGGCGCCCUCUAGUGGUUGCUUAAUAUUUCAGGCAAUAACCUUAUUAUGCUGUCAUUUUUUGAUAAGCAAACACAAUAGCAACAAUUAUACACAUUUACAGAAUGUAUAUUCUGUACUCAUUUUAAUCAAGUUAACCUACAAAACAAAGCAUUUCAGAUUUAAUAUCAGCCUUUAUUCAGAUUGGCAUUGAAAGAUUCACAAAUCUGAAGUCAUCAUGUACAAACAAAUGUGGGAAAGAUGGCGUGCAUUCACAACAUUCAGAAACACAAGAUGUUCACACGAUUCAUUAAAAUGUCACUUGUUUUCAA